AUGGCGGUGGCCGCUCGCUUGCUUCCCCGCUUGCUGUUCUCUCGGUGGCUGCCAUGCGGGGUAGCCCGACUGCGGACGCCUGGUGCAGCCGAGGUGAAGCUGCCGUUGACUGGACUCUGCUGUGUGUGCCGCCGCCGCUUCGGCUCGGGAGCAGCCUCAUUUCCUCGCCGAGUUGCGGCCUCAGCGCUCCCUGUUCGGAGCCCGCGGUGCGCUCUACUCAGCUCUCCAGGAUGCCUCGCAGCUUUUACCUCUUUCCCUGCCGGCCCCGGGCGCCGCUACAGCACGGACCAGCAGCCCCAGCCGCGCCAGAAAACCAAGAUGAUCAUCCUGGGUGUUUCCAACCCAAUUAACUGGCUUCGGACUCGAAUUUACGCCUUCCUUAUCUGGGCCUAUUUCGACCAAGAGUUCAACAUCGCAGAGUUCACUGAGGGGGCGAAGCAGGCUUUUGCUCAUGUAUCGAAAUUGCUGUCCCAGUGUAAAUUUGAUCUUUUGGAAGAACUUGUGGCCAAAGAGGUGCUGCAGGUAUUGAAAGAAAAGGUUACUUCACUGCCUGACAACCAUAAAGAUGCACUUUCUGCUGACAUAGAUGAAAUUGUAUAUACAUCAACAGGAGACAUCUCCAUAUACUAUGAUGAGAAAGGAAGGAAGUUUGUUAACAUCCUGAUGUGCUUUUGGUAUCUAACCAGUGCCAACAUCCCCAGUGAGACUAUAAGUGGAGCUAGUGUGUUCCAGAUUAAGUUGGGCAAUCAGAAUGUGGUGACAAAACAACUUCUUAGUGCAAGCUAUGAAUUCCACAGAGAGUUUACACAAGGAGUAAAACCUGACUGGACCAUCUCCCGGAUCGAACACUCCAAAUUAUUAGAAUAG